UAUUCUCCUCCCAUCGAUAAGUAUAUUUUGUGUGGCAAGAUGAGCGUGGAGGAGCGUGGCCCGGAGUAUGUGUGCAAUGUGCAGCUGCAUGUGGAACCCAGUGAACGGCCCAGGCUACCACCGGGGUGUCCACCGCCUUUGGAUUCCCGGAGUACCGAAUCGGAACCGCAACACUCUGAAGAAUGCUGUGUAGAGCUGGAGAAUGUGACGGUUAAGUUCAGGCUCUCAGAAUCCGACAUCCUGGCUCAAGUUUAUCCAAACUGCAUGACCCUGGGCGAGGUGAAGCAAGACGUUGCUCGAAAAUUCGAGGUGGAACCGGGUUGGCUUGUUCUCCAGCAGGAUGGUCGCAUCCUCUGCGACUCUGUGCCCCUAAACUCCACUGCCCUGGAUGAGUUUGGCAUCCACGAGUUCCAGCUGCAGCUUUAUAAAGACGGUACUGAGGAUCUGACCUCCAAGCUGGACCUGGAUGUCUACUACGACAAACACCGUCUGGCGGACUUCAUUACUGUCCACAUCUCCGGUGAGGAUACUCAGGAUGGUCAGUCCAAAACCAUAGUGGUGGAGAUUAAAAAUGCAGCCAUAGUCAAGCCUUUCCUUUGCGGCUACCGGGACAAGAACACUGGCAAGGAGUACCUGGACGCCUUCACCCAAACUGGACCGUACUUCGAUAAGAUGAAGUACAGGAAGUACAAGUCGAGGGACACGCAAACCUGGGAACAUAAGGAAAAGAUUUUGAACACAGCCCAUGAGCAGUCGGUGCAAUGCCAUCUGGAUGGCAUCAAUAUCCUGUAUGUUUCCGCAGCCAAUGAUUUCACCAUAGUUCCUGGCAAGUACCAGACUUUUGCCCAGAGGGAACGGGCUGAGCGUAAGCUCGAGAAGAUCUUGCUCAUCCAGCGGAACUGGAGGCGCUGGAUUUUGUGGAAGUAUAUUCACAUGCGAGCCAAGGAAUAUCGUCGCUUGGUUCAGAAUCGCGAGCAGGAGGAUGAGCGAUAUGAGAAGUGCGUGGAGCAGCGCGUGGAGAGGCAUCGAGUGGUUAAGCAGUUCCCCCGCAACAAGGACGACUUCGACCUACUCUAUGCGGAGGUGGGUCGCUGGAAGAAGGCGGAGCUCAAGAGAAUCACGGCCAACUACGAGGGGCCUGCUCGCAUUGCCGAGGUGAACAUUCUGCUGGACAAGGAGAUCCAACUUUUAAACGGCGUGGAGCGGCAGCGUAACCUCGUCUUUAAGGCCAUGGAGGACUUCCGCAAUGAUCAGCUGUUGAAGGAGAUGGGCAAACCGAUCGAGUGGAUUGGCUACAAGGAUUCCAAGAUCCAUAUGGAUCUGUUGAGCACCCAGCGUGUGCGCUUCCUCACCGAGAUUUACAAGGAUCUACGAAAGCCGCGUAGCAAGGAGGAACGUUUAGACUUUAUCCGUCAAGUCAUGGUAGUGCUGACCGAGGAGACUUGCUUUCCAAGCUUUCCCGAGCUCUUCGAUCUCUUCGAACGCGAAAAGAAUCUGUUGCUCUAUGCUAAAUCCUUCGAUGUGGAAAUUUUGCGUAAACGGCAGACUCAUCUCUUUUUCGAACUGAUUAAGUUCCAAAAGGGCGAGCCCAAGCAAAGAACUCCAUCGCGCAUGUGCAUCGUGUGCAAGAAGGUCAAGACCUAUGCCGAGUUUGCCAUUAGGACUCGGCAGAGCCAUGUGGAUACCUGCAAACACUGCUACUAUCUUAAGCUUACGGCUACAGAGAACACGGUCUACCAGUCCAUCCUACGGUGCAUCCAUCGGGAUGAGCGCAAACGCAAGUGCACCACAUCCUUUGCCUUCGUAAUACAGCCAGAUGAUGUGCGCCACAUCAUAGAUAAAAUAUGGCAUGGACACUCUGCUCUCAGCAAGACGGAGAAUCUAAGUGAACUGAGAUUGCCGCGCUGGAACAAGAGCGAUGACUGGACACCUUGGAACUGUAUUUGCCUGACCGAACGGGAGACGCGAGAUCACUACAAGAUUGAUGAUAUCGAGAAGGUCUACGACCCCAAAUUCAUUUUGCACAUCGGCAAUCUUCAUAUGCUGGCACGCAGCCUGUUCCACACCCUGGCUGCCGUGGCCACCGAGUUCCAGGAGACGGGUCAGUGGUGGAAAGUGGGCAUGAACAAGCAACGUUCCAGUAAACUAGAUGCUGUCUAAACUAUACUUAAACGUAUUGCCUAUACUAAAU